UGUCAAGUCAAUAACGGUUAUGUCAUAACUGUCAAUUAGGUUUAUUUUGCAACCAAUUUUUCAAUAUUAUUUUUCUUCCCUACAAAAUUAUAGAUAUAAGCUGAUAUUGACUUAAAAUGAAUUCUUGCAAAGUGGCCGUUCCGGCAGACGAUGGAGACGGAGACAACCGAUGGCUUAGCAUACAUAAUCGGUUUCUGUCUGAAACCAGAGAAAAAGAUGCUGACGUGAUAUUCAUAGGCGACUCUAUAAUCCAAGCCAUCCAGCAUAUGGACGUGUGGAACGAAUUUUUCGCCCCAUUGCAUUGUUUAAACUUCGGGAUACACAGGGACAAGAUAGAGAACGUUCUCUGGAGGAUUGAACGAGGGGAACUAGACAAUAUAAAACCUAAGGUGAUAGUACUGCAUGUCGGUACAAACAAUUUUCAAAAUACAGCUGAAGAAAUAAGGGAUGGAAUUUUGAAUUUGAUAGAUGUGGUUCGAGAGAAACAUCCUGAUGUUUACAUUGUUGUUGCUACGCUGCUUCCGAGAGGCCAACACCCGAACCCGGUGCGUGAUAAGCUGUCCAAAGUGAACGAUCUCUUGAAGGCCUCAAUAAGCGGACCAAAAGUGCAAUUGGUGCCGAUCCAUCAAGGUCUUAUCCAGCAAGAUGGGUCGAUCAGUCACCACGAUAUGCACGACUACCUGUUGCUCACGAAUGCAGGGGCUCGUAAGGUAUUCGAACCUGUGCACGAUUUGCUUUUGCAACUGUUGCAAGAGAACGAAGUUGAAAAAGAUCUCACUCCAUCUGAGUAACGUUGUAUCAGGGAUGAUAGCUUCCAAAGUUGUUGGAUCAGUGAUAGUGUGUAUUUGCUGAGAUUAUUAGCGACUAAGAAAUGUCCGUUUUGUAGGGGAUUUUGGGGUUUACGACUUUUCUUACGUCUUGGAAUCAUUGACUCGGUUUUUCAAUAUCUGGUUAACCUUUAAGUUUACAUCUUUUUUUGAUAUCCCUUGUGUUUUAAACGAUCCUACUAAAAAAAAAAAUUAAAAAUAGUGUUUUCAUAUUUUAUUUAAGUAAAGAUACUUUUCAUCGGGCUGUUAAAGAAAAAGUGCAAAUCCCAAAAUAGACAUUUUUCCUUUGAUAAAAGAAACGUUUUCCUAUAUUGAAUUGUGUGAAAGGUGAAAAGCGUAAUGCUUCUGUGGUUUAGGAUGUACUGCUUGCAUUUUUGAAACUUUUGUAUUGAAUCGUACUUGAUAACAAACACUUUGGCUGUUCACAGAAGAAUUUAUGACAGUGUUGAUAAACCUAAUAAUAAUAAUUAUAACUUUGCUCAUUCCAAAAUGAACUGAUCAAACAAUAAAGUUGUACUGUUAAUUUGAUACGUCUAGCUUUUGAUACCAAAGCAAUAUUCACUAUUUAUUAUUGAUUCAAUAAAUUGAUAUACUCUUUUUAGGGUUACAUAAUAUACAAAGUUAAACUGAUUUUAGGUUAAAUAACCAGUGGGAAAUAUGUUUGUGCAUAAUCUCUAUUGAGAUAUUUCUACUAUUGACAUUAAUCUGCCUCCAUAUUGUUUUUUGAGAAUGAUAUAAUAAUAGUUAAUCACAAUUUAAUUUUUCAUAGGUUCAGUGUGAUAUCUGUUCCUGACUAUUGAGAAUAUGUUAAUUGCAUUGAAUCAAAGGCAGUUGCUCGUUCUGAAGGCAUUAUGUAGAAUAAAUCUAUAUAAGCUGUAUUAAGGCAUCAGGUUAUUUUUAUAACAUUGCUGAAAUAUCAUUGAAAAUAGUUAUCAAUUUUUUCCUAUUUUUUCUCCCAAUUUUGUGUGAUACUUAAAAGACUUAGUAUAAGAUACUUACUUUUUUUUUCAGCUAGGUUUAGUCAUAUGUCACAUUCCACUAUUUAUUUACCAACUAUUAUUAUGCUGUUGAAAUACUUUGUUUUAUUAGUAUGUUUUUGUGUUGGAUAUGCAACAUAAGCUUGUUAUUUUUUCUUUUUGUAGUUGAAUUUUGCUCACCAUGUAUGCAAUUUGUACAAAAAUAAAGUUUAUAAUUUGUGUA